AUGUCCGUCUACCACCUCGUCCUCUUCCAAGCCCUCCCAGCAGCCCAAUCCGAAGAUUUACAGAAUAUCUUCACCAACAUCCUCUCUCUAAAACAAGAUUGUAAAAAACCGGAUGGAAGCAUAUAUAUCAAAUCCGUCGCGGGGGGGAAAGCUAGAGUUUCCGAAGGGGCUCCGCCCAACAUGAAAACCCACGCCUUCGUGAUCGAAUUCGCCAACCUCGAGGAUUUGGAGUAUUAUAAUCGAGAGGAUGUCGCGCAUACGAAAUUGUUGGAGGUUGUCAAGGAGAAGUGGGUGGGGUGUUUUGAGGGGGCGGAGUUUGUGGAUUUUGUUGAUGGGGUGGGGGUUUAA